UACGAUGAUUUUGGUUCAUCGGAUUUCGUUUCAUGUUCUCUUCCGAUUAGCAGCAGCAACCAGGCACCAGUUUCAUGGCGUGAAUUGAGCGUUAUAUCGGAACAUAUUGAUGGACGUUUGGAGAGUGAGGAAAAUUACAACUGUGAUUUGGAUGAGCCCGAGCCACUUGUUGACUUCAACCAAAAGGAAGAUCCCGUGAACAAUUAUCAUGAGAGAGCAGUGGAUGUACCGAGAAGUAGUGUCUCAGAUGGGCACUCGCAAAACCGCGAUCACCAGGCCGAAAAAGAUGUGUUGAUGCGUUGUGUGCCAUCCAGAAAUGGCGAUUUACAAAGCCGCUGCAAAAGUCAGAUGCUUUUGGACGAAAGGAAUUACGUUAAUUGGUCAGAAAUUCAAAAAGCGGAUAGCAUGAAAAAGCUUUCUUCGUCGAACCAUGAUGUUAACGAAUUGUUGUUACAUCCCUCUAAAGAAGUGCCAGAAGAAGCGGUUGAAAGCAGGCAUCAUCAGGGGAUUGAUAAAGAAAAUAGCCAGAAAUGGAGGCGAGAAGUUUUGCCAAUCGCAUUUGCCCCACAUCAGCAAUCGCGAAUUAUGCUGAAAAAAAUAGCGCGAGUGCGGUAA